CCUGCACAGAUCAUGUUUUGUACUUUGAACACUCAUAAAGCUGAUAUGGACAAGCUCUUAGGUGCACAAAUUGGCCUUGAAGAUUUCAUAUUUGCACACAUAAAAGGACAACGAAAAGAAGUGGAAAUCCUUAAAACUGAUGAUGUGCUUGGGCUUACCAUUACAGACAAUGGAACUGGCUGUGCAUUUAUAAAGCGAAUCAAAGAAGGUAGCCUUAUGGACCAAACCAAAAUUAUCUGCGUGGGUGAUCACAUAGAGACUAUAAAUGGAAAAAACGUGUCAGAUUGUCGGCAUUAUGAAGUUGCCAAAAUGCUAAAAGAUCUAGAGAAAGGUCAGAUGUUUAAGCUGGAGUUGAUAGAGCCUAUGAAAGCAUUUGAAAAGCUGGAACCAAGGUCCAAAGGUGGAACUCUGCCAGAGGCUAAAAUCUCCAGAGGGAGAGAAACACUUCGGCUGAGAACCAAAGGCCCUGCUACUGUGGAGGAAAUGCCAACUGAAGUUGAAGAAAAAGCAAUUAAAAAAGUGGAUGAGCUUCUUGAAACAUACAUGGGGAUAAGAGAUAUCGAAUUAGCUGCAACAAUGGUGGAAGCUGGAAGAGACAAGAAAAACCCAGAUGAAUUUGCAGUGGCAUUGGAUGAAACUCUUGGAGACUUUGCAUUUCCAGAUGAGUUUGUCUUUGAUGUAUGGGGAGCAAUAGGCGAUGCUAAGCAAGGACGACUGGAAUGAGAACUGUGCAGUUUAUCAAAUACAAAAUGAUUUUUAAAUAUGUACAUCAGAAUUUUAAUACUUUUAUUGAUAUGAAUCUAGGGUGUUCUGUAGAAGUAUUCUUAUCUGAAACUUUCUUUUGCAAAGGAAGGUUUCUAACGGAAAUAUGAAGAUAAACCCAAAGUUCUGACAAAUGCACAUUUAAAACAAACAUUUAAUUUACAUGUAGAAAUCACUGUGAAGAGUGUGUCAAGGAGAUGUAUUUAUACAGACGUUUUAUGAAAAUUAGGUAUUUUUUAUUGUACAUACACUUUGAUAUCAAUAUUCUGAAGAGUGUUAGACAUACGCAACAAAGAGUUUGGAUUAUUUUAUCUCUUCUUUAGAAAGGUUUAUAAACUUGUUGAAAAACUACCUAGCUACACGCUGCAGUUCCCUGGUCUUCUGUGGUCCUUACGUAGUCACGUGCACAGAGAGCUGUGGAAAACCUAGCGCCUUAGGUUUUCUUACAGUUUGGCCUGGACAUAGUCUUUUCUGUAGACAGAGCUGGGAAGAGGCUACCCUGUUUCUGAAGAACCUGAGUCCAGGAAAAAAAAAUUUCCUCCGAAACAUGAGAAUUAAGAUCUUUGAAUGAAAAAGGCUUGCUUUCAUUUGAGUCAUAAUACACGCUGUCUGGGUAUUACUGAGAUAAGUAAGUAUAGUAGAAAUGCUUAAACCAGGAAGCUGCUGCUUUAUUCAGAUGCCAUAUUAUUGCGAUAGGAACUGCGUAGGAAGACACUAAAUGUUAAUUUUGAUUACAAUUCAUAUAUUUGAAUAAUACCUGUGCUCUGGCACGGGAGACUAUAGUGUAUGACUAAGUGCUUAAUUGAUCUUUGCAUAUGCUAAAUGAAUUGCUGAGAUCCUACGGAGUUUCCCUCUUGUCUGGUUGUUUUCAACAUGGCAACGUAGGAGAGACAUUGAAGGUGUUCAAACCUGGAAGAUAUUAUUGUAUAGUCACAAACAAUCACAGUUUGGGUGAAAAUGCAUGCCUAAAUCCUGAAAAAUACAUUAAACUAAUUUUAGAUGUUAGGAUUUCCAAUUAUAUUGUACAUAAACAUUUAUUUUAACUGAUAAUAUUUUACUAAUAAAUCUCAGAUUAUUAAAAAUGAACUGUCUCUCUUAACACAUCUGCUAUGCCUGCAUUUAUCCUCCUGUUCACUCUGUAUUUAAUGAAGAGCAAUGCAGUAAGUUUUGUUUUUACCCAUAGCUGGAUUCUUUAUCGGUUUUUACUGUGCUUGGUUUUAAACAAGACAGAUAUUUGCUCAUUUGUUUAGAAAAAGCUACUUUCAAGUGAUUAUUCUAGCCAAAUAACACGUCAUGAGUGUCCUUGAAAAUGAAAUUGAAGAAGAAUGUGGGGCCUGACCUGGGAAGGUGUCAUAACUUUUCAGUAUUUUUAUAUUUGCAUAAGCAUAUAAAAUAAUAGGUAUUACAAAAGCCUUUUCUAAAUCACUACCUAGUUACUUUUCUUCUGAGGAAAGUGUCUUUCACUGUCUCGCAGAGAUCUCUUUAAAAUAAGACUGUGCUAAUAAUUUUACACUUUCUAUGUCAAUGAUUUUUUUUUUGUCUAAAACUAUGACACUUUGAAGUAUCACUGAGAGAACAGGUCCUCGCGCUCUUUACUGUGUUAUUUAGGAAGGCUCCUAAACUCCGCUUCAGUCUUUUGCACAUGUUACAAUAAGUGAAUAUUUUUUCUAGUUAUGAAAUAGUGCAUGAAGUCGUAUAAAUACUGUUCAGUAGUCUUUCAAUGGGGAUAAUCUCCAAUUUUAUAAAUGCUGUUAUGAAUAUUUUGCUCUUGUAGCUCUGAUUUAAGGACAAGCUUUCACAUAAUAUAGACACUCCUUUUUAUGAAAUGAGUAGUACAGAGCGGUAUGGAGGUCAUACAUUAAAUACAUUGUAUUUAAGAAAUUCAAAGGCGUCAAAAUUUCUCUGAAUUGUA